UGCCAGAGGCUGGGGGGGCAGGGGUGGGGCGGAGCUGCAGCAGGAAGGCCCCCCGGCUUCCCUCACCUUGGGCAGAUGAAAGAGGAGGGCUUCCAGGCAACAGCUGAGUCUGGGCCCAGCCGUGAUUUCAGGGUGCUGCUUUUGAGGUGGCUGCUGUGAUUUGAGAACCUCAGAUCUUUGGGCUGACUGAUUCCAGGAGGCUCUGGAUGACUAAUUCUGGGCGAGGCCCUCCCUGGAGGCUUCAGGCCUGGGGGUGUCUGGCAGUAGGGGCCAUGCUCUCGGGCCUCUGGCUCCUGAGGUUGCUGGGACCGGCACCAGGGGCUGCCCCGGCACCCCAGCCCAUGGUCACCAUUCUCAUCUGGCACUGGCCCUUCACAGAACAGCCUCCAGAGCUGCCAGGUGACACCUGUGCCCGCUAUGGCGUGGCCCACUGCCUCCUGAGCACUAACCGAAGCCUACUCACGAGUGCUGACAUGGUAGUCUUCCACCACCGCGAGCUGCAGACCCAACGGACCCGUCUGCCCCUGGCCCAGCGGCCACAGGGGCAGCCCUGGGUCUGGGCUUCCAUGGAAUCUCCCAGCCACACGCGCGGGCUCCGUCGCCUCCGUGGCAUCUUCAACUGGGUGCUGAGCUACCGGAGUGACUCCGACAUCUUCGUGCCCUAUGGCCGGCUGGAGCCCCGCUCCAGCCCCGCACCCCCACUGCCGGCCAAGAGCCGUUUGGCCGCCUGGGUGGUCAGCAACUUCCAGGAGCGGCAGCAACGUGCCCGGCUGUACCGGCAGCUGGCACCCCACCUGCAGGUGGAUGUGUUUGGCCGUGCCAGCGGGCGGCCACUGUGUACCAACUGUCUGGUGUCCACGGUGGCCCGGUACCACUUCUACCUGUCUUUUGAGAACUCUCAGCACCGAGACUACAUCACGGAGAAGUUCUGGCGCAAUGCACUGUUGGCCGGGACCGUGCCCGUGGUGCUGGGGCCCCCACGGGCCACUUACGAGGCCUUUGUGCCUCCUGACGCCUUCAUACACGUGGAUGACUUUGGCUCUGCCCGUGAGCUGGCUGCUUUCCUCACUGGCAUGAACACGAGCCGAUACCAACGCUUCUUCGCCUGGCGUGACCGACUCCGUGUGCGGCUGCUCACUGACUGGCGGGAGCGUUUCUGCACCAUCUGUGCCCGCUACCCCUAUCUGCCCCGUGGCCAAGUCUACGAAGACCUGGAGGGCUGGUUCCAGGCCUGAGCACCCGCCCUGGGGGCGGGGGCAGAGGGGGUAUAGGGCUGGAUGUUGCAACCAAACCAGCGGCAUCCGGCCUCAUGGGCCAUGCUGGGGCAAGCCAGGGUCACAGACCAGGAAGCCAGGAGGGAGGAGCAGCUGGGGGAG